AUGCUGGCCUCCACUAGCUCUCGUCUUGUUCGUCAGGCAAAUUUGUAUAGGCUUUCAAGUCUACGCUUCUUAUCGUCAACAAGCCGAGUCUGCAACCGUGCCAUCAUCUUCAGUGCGAAUGGUCCUCCGACUGAAGUACUCCGCGUAGCAUCCUUCCCAGACCUCCCACCACCUCAACCUAAUUCACUCAACAUCCGCUUCCUCCUAUCUCCAAUAAACCCUUCCGAUAUUAAUGUCGUAGAAGGCGUAUACCCCGCAAAACCAGAAGCACGAACAAACCUCUCUGAACAAGAACCAGGAAGUACGAAGGAGCCUUGCUUCGUUGUUGGUAAUGAAGGAGUCGCGGAAGUCAGUCAAGUCGGGGACGGUGUCCAGAACCUCAAGGUUGGAGAUAGAGUCGUCAUGGUUAAACCUCAAGCGGGUACCUGGUCCACUGGUGCGACCGUCCGCGAACAGGAUGUUGUUAAAGUGCCUAGUGUUGAUGGCAAGGACGUUAGUGACGUGCAAGCAGCUACUAUGAGUGUGAACCCGCCUACGGCGUAUAAUAUGCUCAAGAACUUUGUCGAUCUUCGAGAGGGUGAUUGGGUUGUUCAGAAUGGGGCUAACAGUGCUGUUGGACAAGCAGUCAUACAAAUUGCUGCCUGUCGUGGACUCAAAACUCUCAACUUCAUAAGAGACAGGCCCGACUUUUCUGCUCUAGCAAAACAACUACAAGACCUAGGCGCAACACACGUCCUUCCUCUCGAGACUUUAGCCGACAAAGCAACACGCUCCAAGACAAAACAGCUCACUGAUAACGCGAAUAUCCGACUCGCAUUGAACUGCGUUUCCGGUCCAACGACAGCAGCUCUUGUCGGCUUGUUAGGCCAGGAUGCACAUUUGGUUUCCUAUGGCGCCAUGUCGAAGCAACCACUUUCGCUUCCGACAAGUGCAUUUAUAUUUAAAGGAUUAACUGCGCACGGAUUCAUGCAGAAUCGGUGGUAUCGAGAGAAUGGAAUUGAGAAGAGGGAAGAGUUGAUGCGUGAGUUGGCGAGUAUGAUGGUUGCUGGGAAGUUGCAAGAACCAGUUCAUACUAUUCUUGAUAUUCCGAGAUCUAUCAGCGACGAGGAGGCGUUGGCAAGAGUGAGGGAUGUGAUCGCAAAAGUGACGGAUGGGAGCGGCAAGUUUGGUAAAAAGGUGCUACUGAAAUUUGAGAGUUGAAAUGCGUGGAGUACACAAGGCCUGUAUGAAAUAGACACAAGCAAACUUGAUUAAUAUGACAAUCCGCCCGUCCCUGUGCCAUGUCGUCUUGAAUACUUGGGGCCUUAUGACGCACAACUGGAUUAUUACUACAAGACGAUUUCAUUAAACGUUGACAUUACAUGUCGCUGCAAGCAUGAAAGUCGUCGUAUAUUAUAAGGAAUGAUCCAAUAUUGAAACGAUAGCGGGUGUCCCUGCACAAGUAAUUAUCGUGCCUUCCUAUCAUCAAAGAAGUUCCUCAAAUGUCUUAAUUGCCACGCGCAAGUCGCGACGAGCACUCCAAUCUGAAGUACACUAUACCACACAGCGCGUGCAUUUGUAGCCUCGCUCAAAUCACGGUAACUCGCCUCACGUUCCCGCUGAUACUGCUGUUCCCGUCGGAUAUCAUCCAGCUUCCCGUUCAAGUCGCGGAUCUUCUGCGCGAGGUUGGAGAUGUGUGACCUGUCUUGCUCGAUGUUGGGACGUGUAGAGCCAACGACGACGUCGAUAUAGAGUUUUAUGUGCGUGUUGGCGGAGGUGGAGGAUGAGGCGGAGAGGCAGAUGGAGUGGUCGCCUGCUUCGUGUGCUGUGAAUGUGAAUUUGCCGUCUGAGGGACCGCGUGUGCGCGUUACUGAGUGUCCGGAUUCGACUUCGUCGACUUCAACUUGCAUCCCAAGGUCUGGGUUUUCGAGGUACUUCUGUUGUUGAUCAUUCCAUUCUAGGGCCCUAUAAUGUCCUUCUACAACGGUGUCGGUAGGCAGCUCUUCAAUGAAGCAUCUUCGCUCGGACGCGUCGAGGUAGAAAUGAAGUGCGUUGGAAAGAGUCGCGAAGAGCAGAACGAGAAAGCAGGAGUAUGCAACGGCGGAGACUUGCCGCGACAUAGCUAGCCUCGCAAGCCAAACGACCUGAGGUGAAGUGGUUGUCGAGUACUGGCACAGUGAAGUAGUUGACCGUUGAC